GCUGUAAACUGAUUUCCGAGUGGGUGUAUCUAUGCGGAAGGAUAACUACGUGUUUGAUUAGAAAACGACGCCAUACUAUCUCUUUAAAAAGCUGUCCUUUCGGAGAGAGAGAGAGAAAACACAACAACACAAUUUUCUUAAACACAGAUGUGGUUUUCGAGUGGAUAUCUAUGCAGGGGGAGCACUUGUUCCAAACAUCCAGAAGAUCACACACAACGAUGUGACGAAUAUACAGAUGAAUUAAUUAUGACUAACGAUAUGAUCUAUUUCUUGAUUGGAGAUUGGAUACCGUAUAAAAAUAUGUGUUGAAGAUGCUUUGUGAAAGGUGAUAUUUCUGGUGCAUUGUGUAUGCAACUCAAGCAAUAGACAUAUAAUAGAUCAGCGAACGUCGUCACUCCUUGAACGUUAAACUGGAUAAUUUGAUUUACCGUUAUUCUUUAAGUGUUAGUAAGAAACUGGAGUUGCCUCCACUUAAAACACCAGUAAGAUACUAGAGUUCUUUUCAAACUGGAUUCACCUUUGCUCUUAAAGUAUUAGUAAGAAACUGGAGUUGCCUCCACGCUGAAAAUAAGUAAGGAAUUGGAGAUUCCCCCACUCUAGAAACAGCAGCAAGGAACUAGAGUUAACUUCAAACUGGAUUUUUCUUUAUUCUCCAGCAGUAGAGAUAUAUCAACAAAGUUCUUCACUCCUUGAACGUUAAACUGGAUAAAUGGAUAAAUGGAUUCAUUCUUUAAGCAUUAGUACAAAACUGGAGAUGCAUCAACGCUUAAAAUAAUUCAGGAAUUGGAGUUCUCCCCAGUCUUAAAAUAAGUAAGGAAUUGGAGUAACCAACUCUCAAAAACACCAGCAAGGAACUGGAGUAAAGAACAAAACAUAAACGGAAGCAGUUUAUAGUAGUGGCAAAUUAAGCACACGUAAUAUAAUGCGAAUUAACGAGUGGAAAACAAUCUUAAUAACUUAAAAGAAUUGGCCACUAAGAAGCAAACUUUUAGAGGACAAGGGUUCGACGUAAAUCGGUUUAUAGUGGAAAGGUCAUAUAGAUGUGUACAGCACAAUAUGUCAUGUGAAAGAACAGAAUCUCAUAAUUAGAAGAAAAAAAAAGAAACCAAACAAAAAAGCCCCCAAAAAGCCACUUAAAACAAAAACAAGAAACAAAACCAAACCCACUACAAACCCCCCCCCCCCCCCCAAAAAAAAAAAAAAACAAAAAAACAACAACUAAAGAACAGGGAAACACUGCUCUGAAAGGUCAAAUGAACUCCCAUGAGUUCAGCGCCAUCAUGAAUCUGACAACAAAUGACUCGCUAAACGUAACGGACUCGUCCUUUCUGGCGCGAACGAGGUGGGAUAUAGCCGUCAUUGGAGUUGUGCAACUAUCAAUAUGUCUGCUGGCUUUCUUUGGGAACCUGGUGGUCAUAGCUGCUAUAUUUAAGUGUGACAAGCUCCGUGACGAACCCUGCAACCUGUUCCUCGUCAACCUCUCAUUCGUGGAUCUCGGCUCUUCAGUGUUUGUCAUGGGCAGCAGUUUUGUGUCCCUGGUAGCUGACCACUGGCCGUUUGGUCAACCGUGGUGCGACUUCAUUUGCAUGGCCAACUACCUGUUCAUCGUCGUCUCCAUGCUAACGCUUUCUCUGAUCAGCGUCGACCGAUACCAAGCGAUCUUCCAUCCGUUACGGUACACCGGGCAUGUCACGAAAAGGAAGGUCCUCGUCGCCAUUGUGUACACGUGGACCCAAGGACUGUGUAUUUCGGUAGUUCCCGUUGCUUUCCGUUGGAUUGAAUACAACUACUGGGAGGUCGUCUGCGCUAUCCAGUGGUACAAGCAGCAGCAUCAAGCGGUCUAUUACGUCAUUAUUUCUUUCGUGACGAGCUUCCUCAUUCCAGGGAUGAUUCUCGUCGUCUGCUACGGUCGAGUGCUUAGACUGGCCUGUCAGAAGAGCAGCUGCGAUGUAAACGUCCACCUUUCGACGACUGAAAACUACAGCGUGAGUCGCCGGGCGAUUAUUAGUCUACUGGUUGUCGUCGUCAUGUUCCUCAUUUGCAUGGCACCUUUCAGCGUCACAAAACUCUAUAACGUCACGGUGUCCAAGGAGAACUCGUUGCCCAGAUACAUCUAUCUAAUUGCUAGCCUCGCCGCCUUUCUUUCGUCCGCAGUUAAUCCGCUGAUUUAUGGGAUACUGAGGAAAGACUUUAAGGAGGCCUUUGACAUUCUGUUGAAACGAAUAAAGCGGAAAUGUCUAAACUUCUUACCGAUUUGAUAGGCCCCACACUUACCUGCCAACAGACGGUGUCGUGGUUAAGUCAACGGACAUAAGGGCUGAUAGGUACUGGGUUCGCAGCCCGGUACCGGCUCCCACCGAGAGCGAGUUUUAACGAAUCAAUGGGUAGAUGU